GAGCGGAGAGAAUAAUACUUCACAGCCCGAAUAACAAAGGCGCAGAACAGUCUUCAGUCGUCGCGGUAGAUGUGCGACUCCGAACGGGGGCCACAGUGACCGCGAUAAAGAAGGGACAAGAAAACACUCUGAGUGAGAAUGCCAGCAAAACCCAUGAUCUCCGAAAUGGAGUUUGACUCUUUGCAGCCGUGUUUCUACCCGGACGAGGAUGACUUCUACUUCAGCAGACCAGACGCUGCACCGCCUGGCGAGGACAUCUGGAAGAAAUUCGAGCUGCUGCCCACUCCUCCUCUCUCCCCGAGCCGGGCAGCGCUUCCAGGGGACCCGGUGGCUGGGGAUUGCUCACUGAUGGGGGCUGGAUUAAGUGACCCGUUGGACUGGGCUUCUGAGCUUCUGCUCUUACCGGAGGACGAUAUUUGGGGGGUGUCGGACGGUGACCUCUUCGGCUCCGUUUUGGAUACUACGGACAAUUCCAUCAUCAUUCAGGACUGUAUGUGGAGCGGUUUCUCAGCACGGGAAAAAUUGGAGCGGGUGGUGAAUGAGAAACUCGGGAAAGCUGUCUCGACUGCUUCCAGUAGCGCUGAAGUCAGUAAAGACACGACAGUCAAUGCGCCGGAGAUGAGCCACUCUAUACCGGAGUGUGUGGACCCUACCGUGGUUUUCCCUUAUCCCGUCAACAAAAGAAACGGGAGCAGCAGCAGCAGCCAAAGUGUGACACAACUGAGGACACAGCACUUGCCUCCAGUCAGCGCAAAUGAGACACCAAGCGACUCUGAUGAUGAUGAUAAUGAUGAUGAUGAUGAUGAUGACGAUGAUGACGACGAAGAGGAAGAGGAGAUUGACGUUGUUACAGUGGAGAAAAGGCGUUUCACCACCAGCAAGAUUACCAAUUCUGGUCUGUCUGCAGUCUCUAACUCUCAGGUGUCCACAUCAGGGCGGUUGGGCUCAGGGGUGAGCAAAGCUCCACAGGAGUUGAUUUUGAAGAGGACGGCAGCCGCUUCUAUCCACCAGCAGCAGCAUAACUAUGCAGCCCCAGACCCGCAAGAUGUCCCUACCGCUCCCCCUAGCAAAAAACUCAGAAUCGACAACAGCACUAGCACUCUACGCAUUGGCAGGAACCAAAACUCUUCCCCAAACUCCCCGUCUAACACCACACCAGGCCAGCGAAUCAGGAGGAGUGAAACUAGCAGCCCACGAUCCUCCGAUUCAGAGGAUAGCGAACGCCGGCGCAACCACAACAUCCUGGAGCGCCAGCGGCGCAAUGACCUGCGCUCUAGUUUCCUCAUGCUACGCGACCAGGUGCCCGAGCUGGCUCACAACAACAAGGCGGCAAAGGUGGUCAUCCUAAAGAAAGCCACAGAGUAUGUCAGCUCCCUGGAAAUCCAGGAGCUCCGACUCCAGCAAGAGAAAGACAGAUUGCAGGCCCGACGACAACAGCUCCUCCGCAGGCUUGAGCAUGCCAGGACUCGCUAAUGCUCAUUGGCUGAAAGCCUCAUAGCUAAUGGUUGACGUCAAAUGACGAAAGGCUAACGGCUUCUAGGGACACUCACUGCUGCCACUUUUUUGCACAUUUUAUGACGUCAAGAAUGUUUCAGGUUUACUUUGUCACCCCAAUCACAUUAAUAUAAAGUGAUGAAGAAAAUAUAUUGAGGGAAGGGAGAAAAUGUGAUGACACUUAACUUUAUUCCACAUUUAGUUUGUCUUCCACUGUGCUUACUGGUAAACCCGACCUCCUCUCAAUAACAAGACUCACAGAAGACAGGCAUUCCUUUUAAACAGAGCUUAUCUUCAGUAUAUCAAUGAUUGGUUUGCUGGACACUAAACAAAUGACACAAGUCUCUUCAAAUGGCUAUAAUCUCUCACACCACUCUCACUGGUGCUAAUUCUCAUGGAUGUACCUCUGCGCACCUUGAUGUCAGACACUUUUGUAAAUAGAUUUUUUUUUUUUAAACGUACACUCAAGUCUGCCUUGUUUUUGUAUACAAUAUUGUCUUUUGGUUUUUAUAAAGAUGUCAAAAGCUGCCAAUAACUAGACUGGAAGUUUAUAUACCUUUAACAAGUACUGUAAGACCUCGAUUCUUGAGGAUUUUUGUAAAAUAAGGACACAUUGUUUUGUUUUUGUUUUUCUGUCCUAUAAUAUCUCUGUUAUGACACGCUUUACUAAUUCCUACAUUUAUGCUUUAGUGUGCUUCUGAUACAUACUAAAUUUAAUACUUAUAUUUUCGUAUGAAAAUGAGUUCUCAGUAGAUAUCACUUUAUCUUGUUUUUAUCUUUUUCUACCUUGAUUUCUUUUGUACAGAAAAUUCUUUCUAUCUCCAUUAAUAAGGCUUCUAUUCCUUGAUUUCUUCCUCGUUCUUUGUUUAUAUAUUUGUAAGUAUUGGGUUCAUAGAACUGGGUCAAUGGGGAAAAAAAUGUUUUCUCCUUUUCUAUAAUGUACAUUUUAGUGCUGCGACUCACAGCACUUUGAAAUACCUCAUUUUGAAAAAUAAAUAGACAUUUGAAAACAAAAGAGCUUGUUGUCAAAGGAUGAGUGGUUUUGUAUCUCCGGCAGUGUGGUUUGAAUGCUUUCAGGUAUUUAGUGUAUGACAGCUUGUGAGAUGAAACAAUACACUAAACUACAUUUCAGGCAUGUUUGAAGCCCCUCUGGGCGGUAGCAUCCAUAUUUCAAACAGCCCUAAACAAACUCUCUAAGUUAUAACUUUGAAGGCAAAAC